AUGGCGCAGAACACGUAUGAGCAUGGCGACGACGCCAAUGAAGACAUCCGUCCCUAUUUCUACAUCGGCCAGCAUGACUCUGCGAGAUCCGAGACACUGAGCGACCUUCAGUACGGACAGGUGCUCAACGCUGGUUUCAGCUUCGUGACCACACCUGUCACGAAUGAACAUUUCCGCCAAAGAGUGACAGAGCUGGCGUCUAGAAGCAUCAGCGAACUCGACAAGUCAGAAAUUCCCAGUUGUCACCCAGAUCCCAUCGUGCCGCCAUUGACAACUGAGGAUACUUCACUCUUUCCUAGCCCAACUACAGGCGGACUGAUAGCCUACUCAAGCCCCUGGUUGGACCUCUGCUCUGGAAACGCUGCCGUGUCCAGCAUCUCGAGGCAGGUUCUGAAUCUGGAAAUCGCGUAUGCCAACUUCUGCGGUGUGCGCACCAUCGUGAUCCCGGGACCGAGGCAAGACUCCAUCAAGGCCGGAAACCACCAAGGUGUCGCACAGUAUGCGCGGGCCAUCCAAGAGGCACUGGUCAUUGGCACCCGCCUUAAUUUCGUCAUUCACCUUCCCAUGUACCGAGAGCCCGGACUGGAAGAACAGACCGAUGUCCUGUCGACCACCGUCCUAGGUGAAAAUGGCGAUCGGUCGCAGCCUCAAGGGGAAGAAAUCGACAUCUUCAGCUCUUGGGACACCUGGCACACGAUUCGUUCAGUCUGCGAAUACGACUCGAGGCUCUUCGCUGCUGUAAGAAUGCCUAGGAUGUUACCCGGCAACGAAGUCCAGACCAGAUGGUUCUCAGAGCCAGUGCAAUACCUGACUUUCGGGCCAAAGUCCUUUCAGACGAACAAGGCGGGUUAUCCAUCUUUGACCAAGCGCCACCAGGAUAUGAUCAUGACCUACAUGAGGCUCAAGAUCGCCCCGUACUUCAUGCUGUACGAUGUUGGACCCGAAGUCAAAGCCAUCGAAGAGCAGAUUGAGCAACUGGCCGCUGAAGAGUUCCCAACCCUCUCACAAGCGGCGCAGAAACCCAAGAAGCAUAAUCACAAGACGAUCGAGCUGAACCGUUAUGCUUCGUACCUGCGAUACGUCGAAAGUCAGCAACAGCCAGUGUCGGCUCUUGAGCAAGGUACUUUGACCAACUUCCAAGACUGGCUACAGUCUCCUCUGCAACCACUUUCAGACAACCUAGAGUCUGUCACGUACGAGGUCUUCGAGGGCGAUCCUGUCAAGUACAACCAAUACGAGCUUGCGAUUGGAAAGGCCCUUGCCGACUGGUCACAUCAACGCAAGCCGACUUCAUCGCCCACGGGAGCAGUGGUCAUUGCCGUCGCAGGCUCAGGCCGCGGGCCACUAGUGACGCGGGCCCUGCGGGCAAGCGAGAACACUGGAGUUCCGGUGCAGGUUUGGGCGGUGGAGAAGAACCCGAACGCCUAUGUCUAUCUGCUCCGCCAGAACCAGAUGGUCUGGGGAGGCCGUGUCACCGUCGUCAAGACGGACAUGCGAGCCUGGAAGGGACCCAUCGUAGGCGGGACAGCGGAUCAGCCGGAGCACGGGCAAGUCGAUAUCUUGGUUUCGGAAUUGCUUGGAUCGUUCGGUGACAACGAGCUCUCCCCAGAGUGUCUUGAUGGUAUCCAACACGUGCUUGCCAAGCCCCACGGCAUCUCUAUCCCAGAGUCCUACACGGCCCAUCUCUCCCCUAUUUCUACUCCCCGCCUCCACGCCGACAUCAGCCGGCGCUCACCGAUGGAUCCGAAUGCUUUCGAGACGCCGUGGGUCGUCCGCCUGUUCCAGCUUGACUUCGUCGCCCAACGUGUACCGAGCCACGAGCGUUUCCAGCAGGCGUGGGAGUUCGUGCACCCCCUGCCACAGUCCACCAUGGACAGAAUCGAGGCCAGGAGGUCUGGAGGCGUAGUUGGUGGAGGCGGCGGCUCCAUGGCCGGAGGUGUUGGCGCCAAUGAUCACAACUCACGACAUUGCCACCUGACCUUUGUCUGCAGGGACCGCGGCGUCAUCCACGGCCUUGCUGGGUAUUUUGAGUCGGUCCUCUACCGCCCGCACGCUAGCAACAAGGAACUGGUGGAGCUAAGCACCCUGCCGGAUGCGAUUGACAAGAAGAGCAAGGACAUGAUCUCCUGGUUCCCCAUUUUCUUCCCCCUGAAGCAACCUCUUUACUUUCCCCCGGACAGUGAGCUAGAAGUCAGCAUGUGGAGGCAGACGGACGAUACCAAGGUCUGGUAUGAGUGGACGGUCGAGGCUUUCAUGUGGGUUAGUGAGGCGCAGAGGGUCAAGGUCGGCGCAUCUGAAAUGUGCAGCAGCCGUCAAGUAGCAUGCCUGAUGUAG